CGCUGCAGGACCUCGUGCCCCCUCUACUUUUACUUUUCUUUCUUUGUCCCGAGUGUGACCUUGUUUUUUUUAUUAACACUGAAAAUGAGUGUGGCGGUGGCGGAGGGCUGUUUUCUGUCCGCUCUUCAGCCCAAAACCUCCUGCACCGCUUACGUGGUUCCCUCGGACGGCCCGUCUCCGGACCCGGUGGCCAAAGCCAGGAGGGUCCGGGAGCAGGUCCGGAUGCGGCUGGCGGAGAAGAGGUCCUCCUCCCUGCCCCGUCUGGACGACGCGCUGAUCGGAUCAACAGACUACAACCAUCCUGAGGCCAAGAGCUUUUCCCACACCCUUGGUUUCAGUUCCAGAUCCAUGAUACACACACCCAGCCACGUCAUGUCUAAGCCCACAGUACCACUUCGCUCCUCUGGUUUCUCCUCUCGCUCUGCUGUGGAAACCAGUUCCAAGGCGGGCCAUAAACAAACCAGCAUGGUCCAGAGCAGCUUCCAGUCCUCCCACCAGUCACACAGCAGAAACAGACUCACCAAGUCACUGUGCCAAGCAGACCAGGAGGCACUUCCUAUCACUGUGUUGCCUCCUCCAGAGAACGCCUCCUACGUGAUCACUGUGCCUCCCCUCGGCUCCCUAAGGCGCAGCCUCAGCGGGACACUGGCCCAGGAAAGAGGCUACUGGCAGGAGGAGGAGCAGCCGUGUCAGUACACCUAUAAGGGCCCCUCCCAUCGCACCAUCAGUCGCAUCACCAACCGACAGCAGCACUACCAGCAGCAGCAGCAGGGCUCUGCCUUCGGCCAGGAGGGCUGGGUGGGGACCGGCAGGGGGGUCCCCAUGGCAGGGGACGGCUGGGGGACACAGUGGCAGCAGCACGUGUCCAGGGCCAGCCACGGCAUGGGGACAGGGCAGUGCCAGGCCACCCUCCACCGGGCCGCCUCACUCCGCAGUUUGAGGAGCGUCGGGAAAGGAGUGGAUAUCUUGGACGGAGCAUCGAUACACAGCAAUGACCCACUGGAAGGUAUGCUGGGUCUGGACAUGGCUACAGCUGUCAGAUAUCUGUCCGAGUCAGAUGCUGCCUUGCAAGUUCUGGGAGCUGCAUACAUACAACACAAGUGUUACCAUUGCAACGAAGCCAAAAACCAGGUCCGUGUUCUGCAUGGCGUUCCAGCUCUAGUUCAGCUCUUCUCCAGUGACAACCAAGAAGUGCAGUGUUUUGCCACCGGCGCCGCGCGGAACCUCAUCUACGAGAACACUGACAACAAGGCGGCACUCAUAGACGCCGGUGGAGUGAUGCACCUCGUCAGCAUCCUCGACAAACCUGACGAGGAGCUUCGGAAGACCAUCACAGGUGUCCUGUGGAAUCUGUCCUCCAGAGACAACCUGAAGGAGAAGCUGUCCAAAGAAGCUUUGUCAGAGCUGACGGAGAAAGUACUGAUUCCUCUGUGCAGCAGCGUCCCACUGAGUCCACCUGAGAGAGACAUUUUCUACAACACCAGUGGCUGCCUCAGGAACCUGAGCUCAGUGAACGAGAGGACGAGGCAGAAGAUGAGAGACAUGCGAGGCCUGGUGGACUCCCUGGUGUCCUACAUUCAACAAGAGGAGAGGGCAGACGACAAGGGUUUGGAGAAUUCACUGUGUGUGAUGAGGAAUCUGUCCUACCAGCUGUACAUGGAGCUUCCUCCCUCAGUCCGACUCCGUCUGGAGGGCCCAACGAGAGCCUCUGCCUCUGGGAAGGGCGAGGCCAUCGGCUGCUUCACUCUGCACAACAAAAAAAACACAGAGCGUAACCAGAAUCUGUCCAUACUGUCCGAGGUGUCCCGUCAGCCUAAGGGGGCUGAGUGGCUGUGGCACCCUAAUGUGGUGGCGCUGUACAAGCUUGUUCUGCAGAACAGCGCCAGCAGCUCCAACUGCCGCGAGGCGGCCAUAGGAGCCCUGCAGAACAUCACUGCAGGAGAGGCCAGGUGGGCCUCAGUGCUGAGCGGUGUGGUGGUGGAGCAGGAGAGGAUGCUGCCCAUCCUGCUGGAUCUGUUGGACACCAACAGUGACAUGGAGCUGAGGCCCCUGACCGGCCUGCUGAGAAAUCUGGCCAGACACUCCGCCAGCAAAGACUACAUGGCUAAGAACAUGGUGAACGUUCUGGUGUCCAAGCUGCCCAGUGAUGGCCUUCAGAAAACGCCGUCCUGCGAGGUGGUGGUCAACCUCUGCGGAGCCCUCAAUCACCUGGUCACCAGCAGUUCCUUGGCAGCCCGUGACAUUUCGUACUUCAACGGCCUGCCGAAACUGAUCGGCAUCAAGACAAUCCAUGACAACAGUUCUGGGAGUCUAAAAGCUGCCAGAGCAGCCUCAACUGUCCUCUGCAACAUGUUUCAGUACAACAAACUGCACAGAGACUACAAACUGAAAGGAUUUGCCAGACAAGACUUCACAGAUGUCACCGUCUAGGCUGCAGCACGUGAUGUGAUUCAUUCCCGGGUUUUUGGCCUCAGCGUCACGGUUGCCACGAGGAAAAGACGGGAAACAACUGUCGGAUUUAAUGAGCAGAGCUGAUUUAACUGUAAUGGACAGGAAGAGAGAAAAGCAAUGGACCAGAGCCAAUGGAGCGAUGGACUUCAAAGUUUUGUCCUCUUUCAGGUGGCUGUGUGUUUAACUUGGCUUAGCUUGCAGCAGAUAGCCUGUGAUGACGAGAACUUCAUUGUGUCCACACACACAGUGGACUUCACCCCCAAAACUACUACUCUUUGUGUGUAUUAGGGUUUGACUGAUAUGUUUUUUUUGACACAGAUUCCAAUUACUUUGAAUUAAUGUUGCUGAUAGCUGAUUUAUAUAAAUGAUGUCCACAUUAGAGAGAGAAAGAGAGACAGACAAAAUGUGCUUUUGUAAAUGGUUAGAGAAGGCUAGCAGAUACUAGGGAUGGUAUCUUUCUAGAUAAAAACUAUUUCCCAUCUCCCUCAGCUGUACUUUGUGUUUAGCGCUAAAUAGCUAAUGUUAGCAUACUAACUCGCUAAGCUGAGAUAAUGAACGUUGUAAACUUUUUUUCUGCUAAACAUCUGCAUGUUAGCAUUCUCACUGUGAGCAUGUCUGCAUAAUGAUGUUGGCAUUUAGCUCAAAGCACCAAUGUACCUAAAUACAGCUUCACAAAGAAGCUAGUGUGGCUGUUUGUGAGUCUUUUUUAAACAAAGAAGUUCAGACGUGUUUUUCUUUCAGACGUUACAGUUGUUGUGUAGCCAUUUUCAUUGAAAAAGGAACAUGAAGCAGCUCCAGGUUUCAUUUAAAAGGUGCAAAAUAAAAAAUUUUGAGCAUA